AUGCAUGUUACUCAUUGUGAUCGGCGGGAUUCUGUGUUUGUCGUGGAGGAGUUAGAGUCGUUUGAGGGUUGGUUGCAAGGAUCCUUCCGAGUUCGGCUAUCAGCGGGUUUGUGUGACUGUGGACUCUUUCAGGCACUCCACUACCCAUGCCGCCAUGCGCUUGCUAGGUGUGCCACCGCUAGCAUCAAGUGGGCUCCGUAUGUUCAUCCAAUUUACAGGCAGGAGGCUGUGUUCAAGGUGUACGAGAUGGAGUUUCCACCGAUACCAAAGUGGUAUGGGACACUGGUCCGUCCUAACCCACUCAUGCGCAGGAAGGCUACUGGGAGACCCGAGUCCACUAGGUUCCAGAAUGACAUGGAUGAGGUCGAGUGA